CAAAUAAACACUCAAUAUCCACCACCACCACCACCACCACCACCACAACCACUCGCCGGAAAACCUCUCCGCCGCCACACAUGGGUGUUGUAGAGCCUGGUAUCGAUGCACAACAAAAUGAAGAAAGUGUUGAUCAACAAAAAGUUGAAACCAUGGAAAAAGGUGAAAUGGGGUUUGAACAACAAAAAAAUGAUGAUCAUCAUAAUCAUGUGCAUAUUUCAAGAAUGCAAAGAUUAAGUGCUACAAAUCCAUUAAGACUUGUUAUAGAUAAUGCCACUAGAGUACCUCCAACACAUGUUCCUUCACGUGGUGGUCCAACCGCUAGCCACCAGCCGCCACCGCCACAACCACCACCAACCACCACCACCCCACCUCACCACCACCACCACCCAUCUCCACCACCACCACAACCACAACCACCCACCGUCAAUCCACGCUCCAUCCCCAACCCUAUCCCUAUCCCAACUCCCACAUAUGGCACACCUACCCCUCAACAAUCUAUGGGGACACUCAAUUCAAGAAAAUACACAAACAAGAUAUCUCUUUUCUUGUUUUCACUGCAUUUCGUGGUUGCAAUUUGUCUAGUUUUCUUCUUAAUAUUCAAAGGGGUCCAAGGAUUACUACAAGGAGGUAGUGCAAAAAGAAAAGAAAAAAGGGUAAUUCAGUAUUUUCUCCCACAAGUAGAAGCAGCAUCUCUAUUAAGCAUCACAUUAGCCUUCAUAUGGCAAAAAGCAGUUAGAGUUUGGCCCAAUUUUAUGGUACAUUUUAUCUUAUGGAGCUCUUUUCUCAUGACAUUAUCGGCCGGAAUCCUCCUCAUUUGUUUCCAGCGACCGGCUACUGAUGGCGUUGGUGUUGUGUUCAUAUUUUUUUCAAUUGGUAAUGGGUUGUACUCUUGUUGGGUCACUCAAAGAGUAAAAUUUUGUAGUAAAAUAUUUAUUAAAUCACUCGAGCCCGUAUCAAAGUUCCGUGAUAUAAACCGGCCCACAUAUUGGAUGCUUGGAAUCGGGUUCAUUUGGAUGUCUAUUUGGAUAUUAGCGGUGAUAGGGGCGUUGAAUUUUUAUUUUCCACCUUUAGUGAUCAUUUUGUUGGUGUUGAGCUUGCUUUGGACUGCUGAAGUGAUGAGAAAUGUUGCGAAUUUGACAAUAAGCAGAGUGAUUGCAUUGUAUUAUCUAAGAGGAAUGCAAUCAAACACACAAUUUUGUUUCCAACGAGCAAUGUCAAAAAAUCUAGGAAGUGCUUGUUUAGGGUCUUUAUUUGUUCCCACCAUUGAAGCUUUGAGAAUUGUUGCUAGAGGUUUGAAUUUGCUUGAAGGAGAAGAUGAAUUUAUGUUUUCUUGUGCACAUUGUUGUCUCAAAGUUAUGGAAGCAAUCUUUAGAUAUGGCAAUGGUUGGGCUUAUGUUCAGAUCGCUGCAUAUGGAAAAGGGUUUGUUAAAGCAUCGCAAGACACUUGGGAACUCUUUGAGAAGCGAGAAAUGGAAAUCGUUGUUGAUUCUGACAUCACAUCUGCCAUUUGCUUUCUCACUGGAAUUUGUAGCGGCUCUAUAUGUGUUAUCAUGGUGGCUGCUUGGACCGCCGCAGUGCACAUAGAGUUUACCGCCACCAUCUCUCUACUUGCUUUCAUCGUUGGUUAUUUAAUGACGAGGAUCGCAAUGGCAUUGCCUCAUGCUUGUGUGAGUUGUUACUAUGUUUGUUACGCGGAGAACCCGGAUAAUAGGUUGUUUGACAAAACAAUACCAGAUCGUCUUGCUUUGAUUAAAUCGAACCGAGACGUGGUUGUCUUAACCCCUCGGGUUCCUCCUAGGUUCAGAAGAUAACAUAUAUGCUUCGAGGUUUUAAUUAGUCGCAAAAUUGUACAUGAUGUAUUUAAUUUUUGGAUCAACCAUUCUUUUCCAAUUGCUAUUAAUAUAAGAGUAUAUUGCUAGACAAGAAGCAACAGUAAUAAAAACUGCAACAUUGAGUUUCAAAUAUUCAAUUCAAAGAAAUUUCCACA